CACGAAGGAGUUUUGUCAAGGCGUGAAGGUUGACGUUAUUUUUAGGUGUCAAAGUCAAAAAUAAUUUAACAAAAUCAGAUUUACUUUGAAAAAUGGCCAAGAAAACUUACGAUUUAUUAUUUAAGUUGUUAUUAAUCGGCGACUCUGGUGUGGGGAAAACCUGCAUUCUAUUUCGGUUCAGUGACGACGCGUUUACGACCACUUUUAUAUCUACUAUAGGAAUUGAUUUCAAAAUCAAAACCAUAGAAUUAAGGGGCAAGAAAAUUAAGCUCCAAAUUUGGGACACCGCCGGCCAAGAGCGGUUCCACACCAUCACCACCUCGUACUAUAGAGGUGCAAUGGGUAUCAUGCUAGUCUAUGAUAUAACGAAUGAAAAGAGUUUUGAGAACAUAGUGAAAUGGCUUCGGAAUAUAGAUGAGCAUGCCAAUGAGGAUGUUGAAAAGAUGAUUCUAGGCAAUAAAUGUGAUAUGGACGACAAGCGAACAGUGAGCAUGGAACGGGGGGAAUUGAUCGCAAAGGAGCACAGUAUAAGAUUUAUGGAAACCUCGGCGAAAUCGAACAUAAACAUUGAGAGGGCGUUCAGAGAGCUAGCAGAUGCGAUUUUAUAUAAAACGGCGGGACGUGAACCUGGAGACAAUGUGGACCGAGUGAUGGUGGACAGGAAACCGACCUCAAGUUCAACAAAGUCUUGUUGUAAUCAUUAAGCGUCUAGCUUGUUUUAUAAUCUAGUUUUAUGUUGCUCGUUAUUUAGCUCUAGGAAUUUCCAGGAAAUUGGAGAUUUCCGGAGUCAACGAUGGAUUUAUUUAAGUUUCAGUCACAACCACGCCCAGUCAUUCACAUGAAAAUGCUCAUAUAACUUAACUCGACUUAUUUUGUACGCAACUAGAAUUUUUCGAAAUUUUCUACGAUUCUACUUCGCUUGAUUCAAGCCAUUAAAUAUGUUUGUUUGUGUUUAAUCUCUGUAUAUACGUAUACUCAUUUAAUAUUUUUGUGCCAGUUUUCUCCAUGUCUCAUUUAGGAAGAUUUGACCGACGCCUGCAACGAAAGUGAGUACUAACGAUUGGUUAAAGAGUCCAUGACAUAGAAAAUAUUCUUAGUUGAGACUUUUUUUAGUUUAGGAAGUCAUCUAUCAAUUGUUUGCAAAUAUUAACAAACACUCCCAAAGUUUAAAUCGUCUCGCGCUCAUAGUUUAGUGGCAAACACGCAAUUGCGGCUUUUUUGUAUCAAAGUGUACGUGUCUUCAAACUAUAUCAUAUACCACUGUGUUAUAGAAUAGAUAAACAAAACGAUAUCUUGGUUUAAAGCAAUACUACGAAGAAGGCGCUUUGUUUCUGUAAGACUAAUCCCAGAGGCCCAAGAAUCGACAACCAGCGCCUUGCCUUAUUUGUAAUAAUGCCGACUAAAUGCAUGUGAAUUCUGCGUAGUCUCGAUUGAACAAAAGCGUUUUUGUCGAUUUUUGCGCUGCUUUGAUCAUUUAGUUGUUUUGUCCGUGUAAGUAAUGUAAGAAAGCUUCUCCGUGAUUUAUAAGCCCAGUUUGCUUAGUUAUAACAUGUUUAAUUUAAAACUGUUUAUUUACAACAAGAGUUUGUUAAAUAAAUCUUUAAUUUUAAACAA